AUUGUCAUUAAUUUCAAUUUUGAUUUUUAGUUUCAUUCGUAUUGAAUGCGUAAUGAAAUCGUGAUUAAGUAUUUUUUUACACACGCGCUAUAGGAAAAAAAUCGCGCUGUUGACCCGGCUUUACAAAUAUUAUUAAACAUGAUGGAAUACUGCCCUCCAAAUGUUACUUUGGGGGAAAUAUGGGUGGACCAUGGAAUUUCCCAAUGUUUUAUGGAAACUGCUUCUGCAGUGUUUAUUGGUGGAUUUCUACUCGUUUUCGGCUUAAUACAAAUCAUUAUGUAUAAAAGAUAUGCGACGGAGGUGAUGGACGUACGAUCCUCGCGACUAUUUUGUGUACAGAUACUUUUUACAUUGUUCGUGCCGGUGUUAGCGGUGGCGAGGUUCCUAUUACAAGCGUUCGUGUUCAAAGGAGGACAGAUAUAUGGAUAUAUGAUUCUAGCAAUGGUAAUAACAGUAGUGAUGUUCCCACUAUCAGCAUACCUGGCUGUUUUGGAAAGGCGGUUCCUCCUGCCAUCCGUCCCACCGCGGGGCCACGGGUUCGUGCUACUGGUCUUCUGGGCGCUGAUCUUUGUGUCUGAGAACCUGUCCUUCCUGAAUUUGAAUAAGGAGGGGUGGUGGUGGCAUUUAAAAAAUCUGCAAGACCGUUUGGAGAUGUCUCUAUUCGUGGGCCGCUACGUGUCAUGCAUGAUCAUGUUCAUUCUUGGAAUGAAAGCGCCCGGUAUCAUGCAUCAGUUUGAGCACCUGGCGGAGGACGACCAGCGAAGGCUCAUCCCGCCUAGGGUCGAGAACCAGUCCACAUUCCGCAAUGUAUUCAGCAAGCUACGCACUCUCCUGCCGUACUUGUGGCCGAAGAAGAGUUGCCUGUUGCAAUUUAAUGUGGUUGUCUGUAUUAUUUUACUCAUCUCUGGCCGUGUGAUCAAUCUAUAUGUGCCUAUUUACAGUAAACAUAUAGUGGAUAGUAUAUCAAUACCGCCGAUCCUAUUCCGAUGGGACCUCGUGGUUAUCUACGUGUUCUUCAAGUUCCUGCAAGGUGGCGGCACGGGCGGUAUGGGCUUCAUCAAUAACCUUAGGACGUUCUUGUGGAUUCGGGUGCAGCAGUACACCACUAGGGAAUUACAGUUGGAAUUAUUCAGGCAUCUCCACAGCCUACCGCUCUCCUGGCACUUAUCCCGUAAGACCGGCGAAGUACUGCGAGUUAUGGACCGAGGCACGGAUUCCAUAGACAACCUGCUUUCCUACAUCCUGUUUCAAAUCACACCGACUAUUGUGGACAUAGUCAUAGCUAUCGUGUAUUUUGUGACGAUAUUUAAUGCCUGGUUCGGACUUAUCGUGUUUGUGACGAUGGCUCUUUACAUAUUUGCAACAAUCUGGGUAACGGAAUGGCGGACAAAGUACCAGCGUCGCAUGAAUCUCGCCGACAACGAACAGAAGGCCAAAUCGGUCGAUUCUCUACUCAACUACGAAACUGUCAAGUAUUAUGGCGCGGAGUCGUAUGAAGUUAUGAGCUAUCGGGACGCUAUUCUUAAUUAUCAGAAAGAAGAAUUCAGGAAUUUAUUGACAUUGAACAUGUUGAAUACGGUGCAAAAUAUCAUCAUUAGUGGAGGUCUACUAACGGGGUCCCUGCUAUGUAUAUCCAUGGUCGUCAACACUAAAGUGCUGACGGUCGGUGACUACGUGCUCUUUGCUUCUUACAUCAUUCAGCUGUAUAUACCGCUCAACUGGUUCGGGACUUAUUACAGAGCAAUCCAAAAGAACUUCGUAGACAUGGAGAACAUGUUCGACCUGCUCAGAGUGGAUUCAGAAGUCGUGGAUGCGCCCGGCGCUCCUGAUCUACUAGUUCGGCGGGGCGGCGUCGAGUUUAAACACGUUUCGUUUGGAUACGGGCCGGAGAGGCUCGUGUUGAAAAAUGUAACUUUCAAGGUGUCUCCUGGAAGCACUGUGGCUUUGGUUGGCCCCAGCGGCGCAGGCAAGUCGACAGUGAUGCGUCUCCUGUUCCGUUUCUACGACGUGAACGAGGGCGCCGUGCUCGUGGACGGGCAGGACGUGCGCACGGUGACGCAGGCCUCGCUGCGUGCUAAUAUCGGCGUGGUACCGCAGGACACGGUGCUGUUCAACAACACGGUCAGGUACAACAUCCAAUACGGGAACCUGAAAGCUCCGUCAGCAGAUGUCAUCUCGGCAGCCAAGAACGCCGAUAUCCACGAUAGGAUACUAUCGUUCCCAGAUGCAUAUGAUACGCAGGUUGGAGAGAGAGGUCUGAGACUAAGUGGAGGAGAAAAGCAGAGGAUAGCUAUAGCUAGGACAAUCCUGAAAGAUCCUGCAAUCGUCCUGCUAGACGAAGCCACGUCCGCACUGGAUACCAAUACUGAAAGGAAUAUUCAGGCGGCUCUAGCGCGUGUCUGCACCAACAGAACGACACUCAUCAUCGCCCACAGAUUAUCUACCAUCAUCCACGCGGACGAGAUCCUAGUGCUUAAGGAGGGAGAAAUUAUUGAAAGAGGAAAUCACGAAGCCCUCUUAGCACAAGGCGGCGUCUACGCCUCCAUGUGGCAGGACCAACUUGAGAACCGAAACACGAACGGCAACGGCGUCCAAGAGGAAGAGAGCAACAACAACGACCAGAGGCCGCAGCUGCCGCCAAACGGCACCUUCGGACACGGGCAUGGACAUUUAUAGAUGAGUAACACUUGACUGAUCUUGGUAGGCCUUAUGUCUUUGCAGUAAAGCUUAUAAAUGGUCAGUGAUUUGUGUCAAUGAUGUAUGUUGAUGAAAAUGUUGAGAUAAUCUAUGAGAUGUAAAAAUAUCCUUUGGCUUUGUGUGAAAUUGUGUUGUCUCAUUUGUCAUUAAGCUAUCGAGCUUCGGCCUCUCUCGAAAAAACAGGCUGCUUAUUAAGUUGGUGAUAAAAUUUGUGCCGUCGUCAAUAGCUUAAGUUUGUGAAUUGUGUUACGAAAAACUCGAAGGAUAUUUUUCAGCAUUUUAUGACCGAGUAUAAUAAACAAUAUCAACAUUUUCUUAGUCAACUGUACAGAAGGGAAGGUACUAGACUCAGUGUAGCCCAUAUGAUCAAAUACAGUAACAUAUUUUAUUUAAGAUUUACAUUACCUAAAUUCGUAAUGAACGAAAAUAAAAUGUAAUAAUACAUUAUUAAUAUUGCCGUUGCUUUAUCAGUAGAUAAACGGAAAAUUUAAUUUUAUUUUUACGAUUAUUUAAUUGUUAAAUGAGUUUAUUUCUCAACUCCAUACAUAUAUUUUUGGAUGUUCAUAGUAUACUUACUGGUAUGGUCCAACGCAAGUAAUAUUUGUAUAUUUGGUAUGGUUAGACAUAAUACUAACAACAAUACGCUAACAUAUCGGGCGGUGGUGGUGAUGGUGAUAUUCUAUGCCAAUCAACAAAGUUCCGUUAUAGCAAAAUAAGGUUUGCUGUAUUUUGUUUCAUUGGCUUUAAUACAUUUUUUGUACUCGUCCCUUUUGAUAGAUUAUAUACAGGUCUUUUUCGCUACUUGUCACUUUCUUUUGUGGUCACAUUCUGUUUGAAAUAUUGUGACAUUUUUAGGUAUUUGCUGUAAACGAAACUUCAAAAUGACUUGACGAAUUGCGAAUAAAGGUGUCACCAUCUGCUAGUCAAUUUCACGUAGUAAAUGCGAUAACACCCUAAGGCUAGUAUAAAAUACUUAUACUGAAUGGGUCGUGUACAAAAAAUGUUGAAUAGGUACCAAUUGGAUGAAAAUAUACCGACUGCAAACAUUGACAAAAUAAGUAUUUUCGGAUUAGACUUCGUUGAAUGGUCUACACUGUACAGGUUAGCUGUAAAGGAUAAGUCGAGGAAUAAAAUUUAAGGAAUGUACUGAGUGAGUUUGCUCUUUUGUAUCGAGUUUGUAAUGGAUACAAGAUGCGUUUCAUCAACUUGUGAUAGUUUAGUGUAAUAGACAAUUCUUAUGAUUCAAUUAUGACAAAAAAAACCAGUUUGAAAAUCCUGUUCUUAUAUGAAAUGUAUGUUUUAAUACCUUUAUAUUACAUUUAGUUAUGUUAUACUGUUAUAGUUCAAAAUUAUAAACAAUAUCUAAACAGGAAUUCAGACUUCACUCAUCACAGUAGUACCUGGUACCUGAUUUUUUACGGAUAAAAUAACAUUCAAUGGAUUUAGCCAAAAUAAUUUUAAUUUUUUUUUUCUAUUUAAAUAGAUAAUCGAGACAUACCUACCUAUAUAAUGACAAUAACCAUUAUACCAUUAUAGGAUGUACAGUCGCCAUCAGCACCUUAUGAGUACCUUGGCCGCUCCGAUAUAUCUAAUGGCGACAGUACCAAAGACGAGUAGUCUCAAGUAUUUAAAAUCAUUCAAUGUGCAAUUUUGCGAUGGCAUAAAAGAAGCAUAAAAGUGUAUACCUAAGCUUCGUUAUAGUCUCUUCCACACGGCUGCCAACAAAAAUUCCGGCCAAGGUGAACGUGCUGGUUUCAAACCGCCACUAAAUUGCUUUGCGCCCCGACCAAGGUCAGGGUAAUCUUGAACCGUCGGAAGCUUGGUUGGCCGCCAUAUAGCACGACCCAAGGUCCACGAAGAGAAUUUCUCACCUUACCAUACAAGGUGUUUUUUUAGGUGUGUGCAAACUAAACAUAAAAGCCUAAAAACCACCUCUGUAUAGAACAUAUCUGUACAGAAAGAUGCAUACCUACUUCUGUCCCUGGCCGAAUGUUCAUGAUGGAACGUAUCUAAUAUACAGUAAAUGGGAAGUGAGACAAAUUGCUAAUAAUGUAGGUAUCGAGUAAUGUUUAUUGUGCCUAGUAUUAUUACCUACAAUUAAAAUGUUAUGCGAAAUUGCAAGUGCAAGUUCGGUGUGAUUAAAUGUUUUCUUUUGUUUUUAUUA